AUGGCACCUCUAGUCUGGCUUGUCACUGGCUGUUCAUCUGGCUUUGGGGAACAAUUUGUGUAUCAAAUUCUUGCUCGAGGCGAUAAAGUCAUAGCAACUGGUCGCAAUGCCGCCACAAAACUCACACAUUUAGAAGGCACUGGAGCUGCCAUUCUCGACCUCGAUAUCUCCCUCUCAGCAGACGAGACAGCACUGAAAGUUGAGCAAGCUUUGCAGAUUUAUGGCGGCAUUGACGUGCUUGUGAACAAUGCUGGCUAUAUUGAAAGCUCGCCUAUUGAGGAACUUGUCCCCGAGAGGCUGCUUAGAAGCUACAAUACCAAUAUCUUUGGGCAUUAUAAUGUGACCCGUGCUCUUCUCCCGCACAUGCGCGAGAAGAGAUCUGGCGUUAUUGGAUUUGUGGGCUCUCAGGCUGGUUGGAUGGGCGAUCCAAGUGCGACAGCAUAUGUGUCAAGCAAGUUUGCAUUAGAAGGCAUCGUGGAAUGCCUGCAAAAAGAAAUCGCCAUGUUUGGCAUCCAAGUUACCAUCUUUGAACCAGGCUAUUUCCGCACUCAGGCUUUAUCUCAGCAAAACAUACAGCAUGAGCCAGGCAAGAUACCUGCAUACGAAGAAUUCAACAAAGCUGUGAUACAGUACGAGAAAGCUGUUUACGGAAAUGAGCCUGGAGAUCCAGUCAAAGCAGUCUCCCGGAUGAUCGAUGUGCUUACGGGUACCGGGACGGCAGCUGGGAAGCCAUUCCCACCACGCAUGCCUCUUGGUACUGAUGGUCUCAAGGUAAUGCGAGACAAGUGCCAGGAUACGCUCAAGAUGCUGGAUGAGUGGGAAGAUUUUAUUGUUAGCACUGAUUUUACCAAAGAGGGCUGA